AUGCCUACUACCGGGGGCUUGCCACAACCACGCCGAAAGGUCGUCACCUACGGCCGAGCGAAGCGCGCACCUUUCAACCCUCUCGGAUUCGAGUCUCCGUCGCCUCAGAAGUUCAGACCACGGGGCUCGGCGACUGAGCGUGCUCGCUCGCCUUCUCCUGCUCGUUCGAGUCAUGUUGGCCACAAUGGGGCAUCUACGCAGGCCGCACCCGAGGACGAUGUCUUUGACGCACCACUCGCCGAUGACGAGGGAGGACAACCGGCUUCAAAGGCUGUGCGCAUGACGACGGUGACAUCGCCGCGGCCACAGAAGAAGAUUUCCCUGCCGGAACCUGCCGUCGUUGUUGUGUCGCGGCCAAAGCCUCAACAACAUGCCACCCAGCAAGCCCGCCCUCCUCCACCCGAUGUUUUCGAUGUCCCUGGCUCGGACGAUGAAGAGCGUGGAGUCGUUCCCAGGUCAAAGGUAGCGAAGAUUGACAAGUCAAGAGACGAGGUGGUGUCGCGGCCCAAGAUCGCGGCCUCCAAGCCCAUUGCAUCAGCCAAGGUAUCAGGGGCAAAUGGCAGAAAAGCAAACGCGCCGAUGGAUUCGAGCGAAACACAUACAAAGGAAGGAGGACAUCAGACUGUACCGUCCAAGCCACGCUCUCAGCUCAACACAGCGGUCGUUGAGAUACCCUCCAGGGUCACCGAGGGAGAGAGCAAGAAGCGGAAUGUGGAUGCGCUGUCUGUAUCAGGGCCUGGCAGAGUCAAGCAAAACCCGGACGCGCAGAAGGCGGAUGGUAGCGUGUAUGCUCGUUCCAUCUCAACCGUUCAACCAAAGUCAUCACAUGAGAAAGGGUCUACGAUGGACCGGUCCUCCACGCGGAUGCAGCAGGAAUCUGCAACCACCAGUGAAAGCCGUGCGUUGUCAACGAAACUAGGUCGCGCAAACGCAAAGGAAUCGACGGCGCACAAGCCAUCACAAAAGACGAAGAGUCUUGCAUCAACAAUUUCAAAAUCGACUUCGGCAGUCCCGGACGCAUCGGUCUUUGAUGUGCCAACGACAGAUACGGAGGAUGAGACGGCCAAGCAGGACUCGGAUGCUAAAUACACUACGACACCAAAGGUGAAGAAAACAAUACCGAGGGCUCGUUCACAGCAACCGGAAAAAGGUGCCCAGGAGUCUCGCAACAAAAGGCGAAAACCAUCUCCCAACGACGAACAGGAGACUUCAAGACGGCAACAAGUUCAGCAAUCGCAAUCAAACGGCGUUGUGGCAGAAUCACACUCUCAGAAGAAUUCGCGCAUUGCACAGCAUCCCCGUAGGGCUGGUUUGACUGGUGCUGCACGCAGGAAACCGCCUGUUAAGGCUUCAUCAUCACCAGCUAAACUUCAGAUACCGGUUGCACCGAAUCCGGGCUUGACCAACAUGCACGAACCCGAGGCAUCUGGGCCAUACGAUGUUGAAUUCGAGACCGAAAUCAAUCCGUACGCGGCUGCAUAUCAGGACAGCGGGUCGCCUAUGCAUCUUGACGGCGCUGGAUCAGCCACGCCAAAACAGAAAAGGUUGUGGAGUAACCUCCUCGGCGACAACGUGGCGACACCCAGUCCAAGUCAGCUGAAGUUGCAAAAGCUUCAGCUAACCGAACGGCCCGAGAAGAGGAAAUCGCCAGAAACCUUGAGUGGCGCGACCAAUCUCGACACUCGGCAAGGUAAACGGCGGCUCAUAGACCGCCUCAUCCAGUCCGAAGAGGAAGCAAGCGAGGACUCCAGUAGCGGUGACGAAAGCUUUCACUCCGUCCCAACAGAACCGAUAUCGUCUCAGUACGACUCGAGCCAAAUCAGUGAUCCGCCCGCUUUGAUGCGACAAACGUCUUCCUUCAGAACAAAGCGCAGCGGGCCUACGGGAGCCAGGAUAACGUACGCUAAACAGCGAUCGCAUCUGGAAGAGUCGAUGGUCGAGGAUGGCGACAUAUUAGGCGCCAUCACUAUGGGCAGUCCUACUGACAUGAAGCCCUCCGCCAAAUCUUGGUCUCAGCCUCUCAUAUCUCGCUCUGGAGACACCUCCCACUUCGACAUGGAUGACGACGACCUCAGCGAUUCCGGGGCUGGGAUGAAGAGUAUCCAUGAGCUUCGUAUCGCGGGCGCCAACAGGCAGUUCAGCAACGAAGUCGACGCUCUAUUCGAGGAUCUAGACCAGCCAAAGAAAGCAUCGCUAUCGAGUCGUAGAAGUGCCCUCAUCAAUCUGGGAGCUAAGCUGACUGACAAGAGGUUUGUCUCGAAGCUGCUCGACAAGGGCUUGAGCAGACGGAUCUUCAAUGCUCACGUGGCCGAUUAUAGCCAGGAUCCAAUCCUCGGAUUCGCCUUUUCGGCCUGCGUGGCCUUUAUCCUGACUGCAGACAAAUCCACCGCUGUCUUGGCGGAUAUUCGCGAGUCUGGCACACUCGAAUGCCUCGCGAGCCUCCUUGAUCGAACGGACGAUAUCGCUCACCUGGUAAAGGCCCGCCGCACGAACAUGUCUCGCAUCGCGCAGAAGGCUGUGAUGGAUCUCCACGAGAUUGUCAGAUCCUCCACACACUUAUGGGCCGUGGCGUCAUCCACGUCGAUUUCUCCCCGACUCCUGGCUCUGCGCGGGCUGGAGCUUUCCACGCGGUCACUACGCAAAGCCGGCGACCGCGACGAGCUAUUAACACAAGACCACCUAGCAAAGGUACUAGCCAUCGCCGAGACAUCCUCAUCCGGCUCAGCAACAGGCUCAGUAUCCCCCCUCGACCAACGCUGCGUAUACUACUCCCUCUCAGUCGCCCUCGACACCACCCUCGGCGACACCGCCUCCGAAGUCUGGAGCACGGCAAACCAGCACCGCUUCCGCGACAUCGCCGCCUCCUUCCUCGACACCCCACCCCGCUUCGGCCCCAAAGUCGAGCAACUCGCCACAAAGCUCUGCCUCAACCUCACAAACAACAACGCCCACACCUCCGCCCUCUUCGCCUCCCCCGUCAUCAUCCAAUCCUUCCUCUGCUCCAUCGACUCCCGCUUCAACCUCCUCUCCAGCCCGCUCUCCCCCGCCGACCGCUCCAUCGCAAUCGACCACCUCGUCCUCGGCCUCGGCGCCAUGAUCAACCUCGCCGAAUUCAGCGACGCCGCUCGCCUCGCUGUCCUCGCCCCCGGCGACGUCCUGCUCAACGCCCUGCUCCGCAUUCAUCUCGAGGGCGCCGAAAAGGUUGCCGAGGCAGACUCGCUCGAGGAAUCGAAUGCGAAUGUCGCGUUUGGGUAUUUGUCUGUCUUGCUGGCGAAUCUGUGCUUGAAUGAGACGGUGCGGGGGAAGGUGAGGGGGAAGAUGCCGCAGGGUGGGUUGGAGGGGUUGGUGGGUGCGUUGGCGCAGUUUGUGGGGUUGCAGGUUAUGGCUUGUCGGUUGGAGGGUGGGGGUGCUGGUGCGGGUGGUGGUGAGGACGAGGGGAGGGAGGUGUGGGCGAGUCAGCACGCAGCAGUCAGCAGUCAACAAGCAAGCAAGAAGGAAAGCCAUUUGUCAAACGAGAAACUUUCGUCCUGGUGCUCGGGUCUUUUUGUAUAUCUCGCGAGUCUUGUCUCUUUGCGGUGA